GCAGUUCCCACCCCAAAAAAUUUUUGGGCUUGGAUGAAUCUAAGAGGCAAUGUCUUCACAGAAUGGUUCCUUACUACCUGGAAGUGGAAGCAUGGAGGGGAAUUUCCUUACUGAAAGGAGAAAGGUCAUGAAGAGUGUGAAGCAAAGUGUCAAAAACUUUUCUAGAUCCAAACAGCCCCCUGAGAGCCCUGAUGAUAUAAGUGAUGAUUGCCUCGAUGGGCCAGCCUGGGUGCCAGUGGGAUUGCCAGGGGAUAUGGGCAGGAGCACCUCCAUUCUAGAGUGCAAGGUUAAAGCUCUGAAGGAGAAGAGAAGUGCCAUGAACAGGCAGCUUGCAGCACCAGGCCAGGAACGGGCAUCUCCAAAGAAAGCCAAGGCUUGGAAGGGGAAAUUGCUGAUUGAGCCUUCUCCCGAGGAUGCAGUGGUGGAACCACAGGCUCAGAUUCGUACCUACCUGACAGACGUUCUGCUGGACAGCACUGACUACCUAAAUCUCAGGCAAGAGGAAUCUCAGGGUGCCAUCCUUGCCAGCCCAUAUGUCAUUGAUUUUGAAACCCUGAAAGGGUCUAAGGCAGCAGAGGAGCCUACCAGCCUUGACUGGAGUUCACCUGAGGAGUUCCGGAGGUUUCCAGGAAGAAACAUGCUAGAUAAAAAGGGCUCUUCAGGCAGCACGGCCAAAAGGGCAUCCCAAAAUGGCCUCUAUGGUGCCAGCUCCUUAAAGGACCUUUCCUUCAUUCAGAGAUCUUUUGAGGAAGCAAAUGGUGGUGAAGAGCCCCUAGUUCGGACAAAGGAUUUUGAAAGCAGUUCUUUUGUCCACAAAAAGGAUGCCUGUGGGGUGGCGUCAACCGGGCGGCUUUGGAGAGCAGAGAGCUGGGACAGUCUCGGCAGUGGUGGAAGCAAUGCCAGCACCCUGUCCCUGGCUGAGAGAGUGGAGAGGAACCGGUCUAUGCUGCAGGAGAUGUUGAGCAUGUCACAGCUUACUCUACCCCAUCACAAGAAGGAAACCCCAGUCCUCGGGAAUGAUGGGCUCAGUAAUGAGGUUCUGGCAAAUGAUGUCGACUGGGAUUCCGGUGUUUCCUUACAGGAUUCCGAAUGCUACCGGGCCUUUGUUCCCAACCAGGAGCUAGAGCUGAGCCCCAGGCAUGAACAGGCCAAGCACCUGCUGCAAAGAGCUCGUAUGAAGGCCAGGACGAAUCCCCUCCGAGCCAGCCAUAACAUCUUACCUACUACACCCCAGGAAAGGAGGGAUGCUUGUGGGAUCUCUGCUGCAGCUGGAAAGAACUUUGCUCUAAAGGAUGGCGACUCACAUGUCAGUGGAAACCUGAGCGACUCGUCUAGUGGGGAAUCCAGCUGUGGGCAGCAGAGGAAGCGAGGGCCAUCCCCAUCCCGGGUGCGUUUUGAGGAUGAAUCUGCACGGGAUGCCGAGGUCCGCUACUUGGAGCGCCUGCAGCAGCGUCAAAAGCGAGUCUUGAAUUCGGUUCUCUUGUCGCUGGAGCGGGGCGCAUUGGCUUCCAAACCGGAUCUUUCAAAUUAUAUCAAUGGUGACCUCCAGCACAAAGAGAAUGGCAUCAACAAAGCUGCCUGGGAACAGCCGAGUGCUGGGCAGGCAGCAAGAGCACUGAGAAGGGAAAGAGCCUCUGAGAAGGGAAAGGCUCUGGUGGUCAGUGAAGCAGGGAAGUGUAGUGCCUGUGGGUCUUACGUCAGCAAUUUGGCAGCUACUUGGAACCCAGACAUGGGAGUAAACCAAACUGGGAAUGAUAUGCAUCAGACCUGUAACGUCCCUCGAGAAGGCCAUGCCAAUGGAAACCAGCUCACUGUGUCCCAGGAGGACUCACGAAAAAGGACGCUGGGUCCCAAAGGAACUCCUCUGUGGAUCCUUCCAUCUCGGCAGCGUGUUUACACAGAACGCAUCAAGGAGACUUAUAUCGGCGAAGUGACUUGUAUAGAUGAUGUGGACUCUGCGUUGGACAGCACCACCGACACAUCAGACAGUUACAGGACUGACAGCGAAGAAGCUGGUGCCGGUAGUCGGCAGUCAGUGGCCAAAAGCCACUGGCAUGGUGGGGCUGGUCCUUCGGAGAGGGAAACCAAGAACAGGAAGACUGAGGGGGAGAGGCACCAGGCAAAUAGCAGCUGCCAUACCAACGGAGAGGAAGCCUGGGAUAACGUGCCUAGCAUUAGCAGAGUGGAAAUUGGAUCAAGUGCUAAUGAUGCAAACAACAGCAACUUGAAGGGAGGCUCUAAGCGAAGAGGUCAGGUGACCCAAAUGGCCCCCAACAAGGCAGAAGCCUUUCCCGGAGGCAACCAGCCUAUAGAUCUCUACCAGCUGGUCAAGAAAGGCAAGACCCAAGAACACACAAAGGUGCUCAAAUCCUCAUCCACAGUCUACUCUCCGCAGUUGCCUUCCCAUCUGGUCCUUGACAGUGUAACAGAUUCUGUGAUUAGGAAGCCAGUGGAGAACUCCCAUCACACUCACAGGCCGACCAACAACGUAAGUCAAAUUAAGCAGGUAAAAGACCCUUCUCAUCAGCUAACUAAGCAGAUAGCUGCCACGUACAACCUCGUGAAUCGAAUACCUGCGCCUCCCGCCACUGGAAAAGCCCAUUCCUCCCCUAUGCCUUAUAGGAGGGCUGUUUUGACAGGUAACUACAAGCUGACUGACCAGGAUCCUGGGCAGGAGGACCAAGCCAAUGAACUCUCAGUUUAUUCAGCCUCCCCGAAUAGUUUCCAACAUGUCUGUGCGUGUGAGCUGGAGGAGCAGAGCAGCCUGCAGAGUCCAAAAAUGCUCUCUAAGCGGCAGCUGCUGGCUUUGUCUACCAAUAAUUGCAAUAAUACACAUGCCACGGGCCAGCCCCAAACCCCAGUGACGAGCAGAGAGGAACAGCUGCAGGACAGUCAGAAGACAGGGGGAAGUCAAGUAGGUCCAUCAACCUCAGCGUGUGGUGUCCCCCCUGUUACUCCCAAUAACACCAGUUCCACGGCUGUUAGUCUCUCCCUGACAAGUGAGGAGACCGACGUCACCAUCUCUGAUCAGUCAUCCAGCAGGGAAACUCCAACAACAGAGGCACGGAAGACCAAGCCAGUUCAAGCAAGCGCAAUCCAACGCAAACUCUUAGAAAUUUAUCCGGAGCCAAAGAAAAAGCAGUCUGCCAAGAAAGGGGGUUCCUCCUCCUCCUCCACCUCAGGGCUAAAGAAAUUCUUCACCACCCUGAGCCAGAGCACCAAGCAGAGGCUGGGCAGGUUCCGAUGCUACAGCAUGGAGCAGAUCUGUGCCCCUGAGUCAGGAGCUGCAAUGCCAACUAAGGAACCAGGCCCAGGCACGACCAGUUCACCCAAAAUGAAGAAAGCGCCUUCCCUGCAGUCCUUGAGGCUGGUGUCGCCUUCCUGCCAACCAAGAAAAGCCUCUUCUGUUCAAAAUCUGUGUUCUCUACUGGGCAAGACUGACCGGUCCAGCCUCUAUCGGCUGGGUGAACCAAAGGAUGAUGAGGCUGCUACUAACAGGAAAGGAGGAGCUCCACACCGACGUUCCCUCAGUGUGGAGGACAUUGGCUCCCCCAACUUGGCAAGAACUGUGGGGAGGGUAGUGGAAGUUUUCCCAGAUGGAACUAGCCAACUAGAACUGCAGCGUUCUCCGCAGGGCAACUUCGGAUUUCGUGUCUCUUCAGGAAAUGGCCGUCCUGAUACAGGCAUCUAUGUCCAGGAGAUGGCAGACUCCAGCACAGCUAAACUCUAUGCUGGGCUGCUAGGAGUUGGGGACGAGAUCCUGGAAGUGAACGGUGCCAAGGUUGCUGGGCUGGGGUUGGCCCAGAUCAAUGAACUUCUGUUGUGGGCCGACACCCUCUCCGUUAGAGUGCUGAGGCAGAGGCCGGUUCGGCGGUAGCAAAGACGUACAGGGGCUCACAAGAGCUGCCUGAACGUGAAGCUUCUACGGAGCAGUUGCAAGGAGCCUCUGGUGCCUACUGGCCCUGCCUGGGACUUGGAGCAGAGCUCAGUUCUCAUUUCUGUAUCGAUGCCUUUUGGACGUGGACACGGGCAGUGGUGCAGCCCAACCCCAUGGGUUAUUCUGCUAUGCAAGCUGGUGUGCGCUAAAUACUUAAUUUAGGCGAGGUUUCGGCAGACAAUAUGGAUCCUUCUCUCCCCGCGAUUAAGAAGCAGGAAUUAGCAGGGGGCAUUUGGCACUGACCUACACAUUUGUUGGAGUGACAGGGACUUACCAAACUUGCGGUUAGAGAGUUAUCUCCCCACCCCGCAAAACAUAUCCCCACAUUUCCCCUCCCCCAUUAAAAUUUGAAAGUUGCUGGAUCGUCUUAAAUUCAUAUUCUAAAUAAAAUAGGCUGGGUGGUUACAGAAAGGCUCUUAAAAGGUAUUUAAGCCAUAAUUGGUCCAUUGCUCCACAUCAAAUUAUAUAUCUUCUAAUGCAUCUGUUCAACAUGUUGAAGAAAAGCGUGGAUGCACCAGCGAUGAAUCUUCUCCUCAGGAAGCUUCUAAAACUUGACAGGUCUUUCUUUGGCUCUGUUUUGGGUAACUAUGUUAGUUGCAUCCCUUGAUGAAAGAGUAAGUUGUCCGUACUGGAGUUUGUGGCUUGCCUGGGUCCGCUCUGAAUCUGGUAUGUCUACUACAUUACAAAUGUAAAUCUUCUAAUCUAUGUAUCGGUUGUUGUCCUGUUGGGGGGUGCUAAACAUCCCUAUUAGAGGAUUCUCAACCACCUACACACUGUAAUUCCCAAGGUCCUUUACAGGAAAGGUCCUAGAACUUGUAGAUUUGUAAAAGGGCUAGACAUCUUUACCAGAGAUACCGCUUAAGCGCCCAUGUUCUUUACAGAAAGCCACAAAAGUUCAAAUCAGUUUAUGUUGCUACUGACCAUGUGCCCAAACUCUCUGCUGCAGCAGUAAGAGUUCAGGCCUGCCCUGGUCAGGAGCAACCAGUUCUGUGCGAUAUGUGAGGUGUUCACUUCCAUUCAUCUGGAAUAGAAGGAGGUGGGUGACUUUAUUUUCCCACCCCACCCUCACAAAUUGGCCAAAAUGGAGGGUUUGUUGCCCCCUGCAGAUUC